UUGGGGCCAGGGUGAGGGUUGGGGCCCAGGGUGAGGCCUGGUGCAGCCGCCUGGGGGUCUAGUGGACUUGGACCCAGGGAUAGAGGGGGGACAGUGAACCCCUGGGAGUGGAGGGAGACUUGACUCUGGGCCCCAGAGCGGGGAGAGUGUCUGGGUCACUGUGCCUGGGCAGGGGACGAGGUGAUUAUUUCCCUGGGUGUGAUCCUAAGGGGAAAAUAAGUACAUUGACCCAAAGGUGAAGCUGUGCGAGGCAAACGGCUGGAAGUGUGGAGAGGGAUUGGGUAGGGAGGGGGGAAGGCUGCACUGAGGAGUCACCACGUCAACCCCAAGUGAAGGACAACGAUGCCACCAAUGUGCUUUACUCUGAUGCAGUAGGAAGGAAGAAGAUCUAAUCCUGGCCCCUGGAUGGAGAGAAACUGAGUCUGAGGAGAGGAAAGGCAGACCGUUGCACAGGGAAGGGUUCUUGGUCUGAAUUUGCAGCCUGGGAUGAGUAGCUGACACUGACGGAGAGUGGAAGAAGGCCACACAGAACCAGCAGUUGAUGAGGAGGCAGCAGUGAUGAUCGGAGCAAAGGACAGCUGCCAGAAUCUGACACUGUGACGUUUCUGCAGCCUGGGAACCGGUCAAGGACGGAAUGUGCGAGAGUAACAGAGAUUCCAGGAGCCCCGACAGCUCAUCCAUGAACUCUCCGCAGCACCGGCGGGCGGUCAACUGCUCGCCGCCCCUCCGUUUGUCCAACGUGGCCUCUGGGAUCUCGUCGUCCGUCGCCUCACCAGCCAGCAGCAUCGGCUCCCCCUUCUCCGUCAUCAGCUCCUCCCUGGGAUCACCAGCUCUCCCCUCCGCCCACUCACUGGGCUACGGGGCCAUCAACAGCCCGCACAUUAACUCCACGGUGGGCAUGUCGGCAAUGCACGCAGUGAGCAGCUCUGACGACGUGCAGCUCUCGCUCGGCUCGAACCAAGGCCUCUCCUAUCCAGCCGGCUCCACCACGCCUUCCCUGAGGCGAGUCUGCUCCAUCUGCGGAGACAGAUCUUCAGGUAAACACUACGGAGUGUACAGCUGUGAGGGCUGCAAGGGCUUCUUCAAGCGCACGGUGCGCAAGGACCUGAGCUACACGUGCCGCGACAGCAAGGACUGCAUCGUGGACAAGAGGCAACGUAACCGCUGCCAAUACUGCCGCUACCAGAAGUGCCUGGCCACCGGCAUGAAGCGGGAAGCAGUGCAGGAGGAGCGACAGCGGGGUCGGGAGAGGGGAGACGAGGUGGAGUCCACCAGCCCAGCCAGCGACGACAUGCCCGUCGACAAGAUCCUGGCGGCAGAGAUGGCCGUGGAGCAGAAACCCGAGCUGCAGGCUGACGGCACCGCACCGGACCUCACCUCGAUGGAUGCCAUAUCCCGAGUACUCGCCGACGUUGAACCCCAAGCCACCGUCAUUCGCCGCGUGAUCACGGCCGUCAAACCCAACGACCCGGUGACCAACAUUUGCCAGGCAGCAGACAAGCAGCUCUUUACCCUGGUGGAGUGGGCCAAGCGCAUCCCACACUUCUCUGACCUUCUGCUGGAUGACCAGGUCAUCCUCCUGAGGGCAGGUUGGAACGAGCUGCUGAUCGCCUCGUUCUCCCAUCGCUCGAUCACGGUGCAGGACGGAAUCCUCCUCGCCACCGGCCUCCACGUGCACCGCAACAGCGCCCAUAGCGCCGGCGUGGGGGCCAUCUUUGACAGGGUUCUGACUGAGCUGGUGUCCAAGAUGAGGGAUAUGCAGAUGGACAAGUCGGAACUGGGCUGCCUGCGAGCCAUCAUCCUCUUCAACCCCGAUGCCAAGGGCCUGUCGAAUGCAGCAGAUGUGGAGGUGUUGCGGGAGAAGGUGUACGCCUCAUUGGAGUCGUACUGCAAACAGAAGUACCCUGACCAGCUGGGCAGGUUUGCCAAGCUGUUGCUGAGGCUGCCGGCUCUACGCUCCAUCGGCCUCAAGUGCCUGGAACACCUCUUCUUCUUCAAGCUCAUCGGAGACACCCCCAUCGACACCUUCCUCAUGGAGAUGCUGGAGGCUCCUCACCAGCUGUCUUGAGUUGGGCAUCGGGACCCUUGUGGGCACUGGGACUGGAGUGGGCAGGGUAAGGGUGUCCAGUGCUGGAGACUGACAUGGUGGGGCUGUGUGAUUCUGGGGCUGGAGCGGGCAUUGGGCAAGGGCUCUGGGUGCUACAGGCUCCCGUCCAUUUGUCAUGUUGGGCAUGGGCUGGGCCUGGUACGAAGUGCAGACCCUGGAGCGGGUACCAGGCACGGGGCAAGGCUGCCGGGUGCUGGAGGCCUCCCACCAGUUGUCGUAAGGUUGGCAUCGUGGAGCUGUGUAGCACUGGGACUGUCGUGGGUACUGAGGCUGGAGGGGGCACCAUGUGCAAGGCCCUCAGCAACCACCUGCGCUCGCUCCAGCUCCACGGGCCGCUGCCCUCCCCGGCUUUGAGAAGAACGGUGGGCUGGAGCGGUUCCCCCGCCAUCCAGUAACCGACCGUCGGGACUUGCCACAGCUGACGCCACUGCCACGCGGGGACCAGCAAUCCACAGCCUCUACCCUCGGCUGCCGAGACACUCACCGGAUUAUUGCCCAGUCUGGGCCGGCCCUCUCUUGCAGAUACCCCUGUGUCCGGGACACACACUGCUGGAACAUUAACCCCCCCCCCCCCCCCCCCCACCCCGUCUCUGCUCUAACUCCACGCUGCCUCCUCUCACACACACUGUGCAGCCUCGUUAACUGUGGGCAGCCCCACUGGGGCACUGUGAGGGGGGACCCAGUGUAACUUUCUCUCUCACCCCCCCUCAGUGUGUGUGAGAUGGAGCCGGGGCUGUCCCACUUUCACAACCUUUUUUACUCGUGGGCAUUUUUCAUCAGGCUAGAAAACGCCCCGACCUACUUGAUGCCACGAGUACUACGACCAACAUCACGGCCUGCUACGACCUACAUACGACCAGCAUCACGGCCUGCUACAACCUACCUACGACCAACAUCACGGCCCGCUACGACCUACCUACGACCUCGUGACGACCAUGCUGCGAGUACGAGUCAAGGGCAAACUCGGCAGAGGUGGUGAAUUAGUUUGUGGAUGUGGAACAGGCCCUUUACACUAUUAUCGAACAUGUACUCCAUCUUCCCUGGGAGUGUGUUUGCGUGCGUGUGUGUGUGUGGGAUGGGACUGUGUACAGGAAGCUUCACUCAGUGUUUCCCUCUCCGGGAGUGUGUGAUGGUGCGGGCUAGAGGGAAGUGUCACUCUGUAUUGAGUGUUUACUCCUUGCCUGGGAGUGUGUGGCGGUGUGGUGUAGAGGGAGCGUCACUCUAUAGAAUCUUUACUCUGUGUGCGCUGGGAGUGUAUUGGGGCAGUGUAGAGGUAAGCUUAAUCAGUAUCUAAAUGUUGUCCCUGCGCUGGUGAUGUUUAAUGGGACUGUGUAUAGAAGGUGCUUUAUUCUGUGGCGACAGUGAACUCGCUGCCCUCAAUGUGUAAUGGGAUGGUGUUGGGGCAGAUUCACUCUGUAUAUAACCUGACCCACUCCUGGUGUGGGAGUGAGUGUGUGAUGGGAUGGUGUAGAGGCAGCUUCACUCUGUAUAUAACCUGACCCACUCCUGGUGUGGAAGUGAGUGUGUGAUGGUACGGCAGUGUAGAGAGAGGCAGCUUCACUCUGUAUAUAACCUGACCCACUCCUGGUGUGGAAGUGAGUGUGUGACGGAUGGCAGUGUAGAGAGAGGCAGAUUCACUGUAUCUACCCUGACCCGUAUGUGGUCAGGAAGUAUUUAAUGAAGAGUGUUGACCAGGCUUCCUGCCAUGGUUUCUGCAGCAAGAGGUGCUAGAUGCUGGUGAACUGAGUAGUGUCAAACACUGACACCACUAAUAUGGAAUUACAGUGCGUGAAUUCAUGCAGCCACACGAUCGCUUCACAAGCUGCCUGCUCGUACCAGCCACACGAUCGCU